AUGUCAGUAUCGUCUGGUAGUUCGCUUUGUGGGGAUCGUGAUCAGGAUCUAUUAUUAGACGACGAAGAAGAAAUCGACUUCUAUGCCAUUCUGAAUGUCCCUAGAGACGCGACAGAAGAUGAAAUAAACAAGGCCUAUCGGAAACGUUGCCUUAUCUUCCACCCGGACCGACACGAUGAUGAAGAUGACAAAAAAGAGGCUGAGAAGAUUUUUGUUCAACUCCGUCGUGCCCAUGAAACUCUGAUGGAUCCGAAAAAGCGAGCUAUAUACGAUGCACUCGGCGUGCAAGGUCUCGACACACAGGGAUGGGAACUAGUAUCAAGAUCAGCGAAUCCUGAAAACAUCAGACGGGAAUACGAUUUCUUGCAACGGUUAAAAGAGCAGGAACUCAUGUUGCAGCGAAUACAUCCUGCUAGUUCAUUCGUCGUAAGAACGUCAUGUGCCGGUUUAUUCCCGGAGGAUCCAGACGAUAGAUAUCCUCCUCAGCUCAUUGGGAUAUCUAUCACUCAAUCAGUGGAUUGUGCCAUGAAUGAGUCAAAUCGAGUGGGGCUCAUUGGCCGAGUGAAAUCUGGUAAUGGCCGUGGUGACGGUAGUGUCACUGCUUUAUGGAAAAAGAAUGCGGGAAAGUUUAAUGUCGAGAAUACACUUACUGUAUCCAGCGAUGUGUUAAACUUAUCGUGUCGUGCCUCUCGAAGUCUUUACAAUCGAGCUGCGAUUAUCGUUCAACCGUCUUUACAAUACUUUCCUAUGCAGGAGACUUUUGCACCAGGCUUGUCAUUGGUUUACUCGAUGCGACUGCGAGUACGCUGGCAAGGGAGUAUUAUAUUGAACUUGACCCCAGCAGGCAGUUCUCUGACCACUACUCUAGUGCACACGGAAAACAACCAACCGAAAGCUCUACUCAACUUCACGUUGUCACCAACGAGUUCUAAUGUACGAUUAGUGUACAUUGUUCGUAGUCCUGACCACGAUGCUUUCACUGAGAGUGCAGUGCAGCUGUCAAUGUUUGGAAUCACGCCAUCCAUCCAUUUUGAAAGGAGAUUGUCACGAUUCUCGCGAAUCGGAUGUGCUCUUCACUUCUCUUUUCCUUCUUGCAUGUUGUCUGCUAGGUUCAAGCUCAAAACUGGGCAGUCCUCCUUUGAUUGGCAUAUAGUCUUGUGUGAUGAUCGCGAAGUUUUGGCAAGAAGCACAAUUUAUGGUGUCGUCGUGCCAGUUGUUUUAUUUCAUCUAGCAACCAAGGUAGAUGUCUUAAUCUGUCCACAACGAUUUUGUCAUUGUUAUGUUUCUGCUAAGGUGGUGUUCCGACGAUGGUAUGACCGAUUUACAUCGCUAUUCGACGAUCACAGUCAAGAUCGAGAGGUUGACACAGUCAAACAAGAGGAAGCUGGACGUAUCAUAAAUCUUAUGCGCCCUACCGCUGAGCGCAUUCGACAGGAGGAGCAGCGGAAACUUGGAGUUGUGAUCAUCGAAGCCAGGUAUGGACAGUGCGAGGCUAGUGGUUCGUCGUCGUAUAUUUUGGCUGGGGACCGAACAAUUGACGUCACAGUUCCUCUUCAGGCCAUGGUCAAUGACUCACAAUUAAGGAUCUACUCAGUUAAGAGUCAGUUGCCAGGAUUCUAUGAUCCGUGUCCAGGAGAACCAAAAAUGCUACACGUUCGAUACUUAUUCCGAGAUGAGCCGCAUGCUGUCACCGUAGCAGAUGAUAUGCCGAUCCAAAUACCAACCAAAUGUAGGUUACCCAUGAUAGCUAUUCGCGUCAAUGCCCAUAGAAGAUAA